AAAAUAAAUAAAUAAAAACAAAGAAUAGAGUGCGGCGUCACCAUUGAGGAUAUACGAAAAUAAACUAUUUGUUGUUUGUGCCAAAUUUGUGUGAAAGAAAAAAUUAUCAACGACAACGUCUGUGCCUAUAUACGAAUGCGUAUUGGCGUGUAUAUGUGUGUCUCUUUAAAAACGAGCGCGGCCCUUUCUUUUUUUUUCUUUUUUUUUUUAAAGUAUAUCGGUCCGUGUAUAUGGUUGCAUUAUAAAAAUUUUUAAUUACUUUUCAUGCAGAAUAUCGUGAAGGAAAGCAGUGAACAGAGGUGUUUGCUAUUUAGAAAAGAAUUUAUGCAACGGCACGUGUUCCUUAAAUGUUGUUUUUCCAUUGCUGUACGCAGCGCGAGUUUAGUAUAAUGGUAUAUAUGUCAUGUUUACUGCAACGAUCUGGAGUGGCAGAAACAUUUUAAGUGCAUAGAGCAAGUGCACGGUCUGCCGUCAGUAGCGAAAUAUAUAUAUAUUUUUUUUUGCUACCGGAAAUCAUUAACGAAACAAAAAUUAGAAAUAAUUUCUAAGAAUUUAAUAUCAUAUUAAAGAUGUAUGUGUGUGCAACUGAUAUUAGCGAAAAGUUUUGUUUUUAAGAAGUCUGUAGAAAAGUUUCGCAUAGUUUUUGAACAUGUGAAGUGAAAUUAGUUUUGAUAUUAAGAGUUUUAAGAAGAAGAAGAAGAAGAUGAAAAUGCCAUACUCUCUGAGAUCGUUACCAAGUAGAGGCUGUAUGGCCUUUAGAAGAACAUCAUGUAAAGUGCGUGCAAGCGAUAUUACUGCGCUGGAAUUUGUAAUUUGUGUGUUAAUUGCGGUCACACCUUUAUAUGCCAAAGAUUUAAUAAAUCAUCGGUUUAGAAAUCAUGCACCAAAUCAUUACCAACAGCAGCGCUGGUUGCAUGAUUAUACAUCAAAAGUGUUUCACUCGAAUGCCACAUACGAUACUGUUACAGACAUCGAUUUUGAGUCCAGUAUUGUUUCAUGGACAGGCGCCAAAAUUUCUUCAACGCAAUCAUUACAGAGACUUGAACAACUGGCACAGCCACAAGACUUGCUAUCAUCGCAACGUCAACAUAAGCAGCAACAGCAACAGCAGCAGCAGCAGCAGCAACAACAAAAAACCAAAGCUAAGAAUCAACAACAUGGAACAAGACACAAAACUAAAAGUGGUUUAUUGAUCGAAAGCAAUAUCGAUACCGAUUUUUCCUCAUCUACACCGCGUCAUUAUGAACGUAGUUAUAAAGUAGAAGGCGAUGAGAUUUAUAAUGUAGAACGAGAAGAAGAAAAAUCAUCGCCGUCACAAUUGUCUGCGGCGUCAUCGUCAACUCCGGUAACAACGAAUGCAUCGGUACGUAAACGUAAUAGAGUGCAAAAUCAGCGCAAACGUAAUGGUCGCUAUGGCAGCGGCAGUGGACAACGUCAAAAACUACAACGCAACGCUUUACGUUUACUCGAUAGUAUGGCUGAUAGUCACGAAUUAAAUGCUAGUAACGGCGGUAAUGGCGGCGGCGGUCUUUUUCCCCAGCUUUUCAAUGUAGCCAUUAGAGCUUCUAUACGCGCUAAUGCCACUUGUGGUCAAAAUGGCCGAGAAGAAUAUUGUAAAUUGGUGGAUGCUUAUCCUCAUAAAAAAUGGGCGACACAAUGUGGCAUUUGUAAUUCGCACUCUUCCGAUAUGGCUAAACAUCGUCCCAUCGAAUCGGUUAUCUCCAAUACUCAAUCCGACGAUCGUUGGUGGCAAUCACCCACUCUCCAAAAUGGUCACAAUUAUGAAUAUAUUACAAUCACUUUGGAUUUGAAGCAGAUCUAUCAAAUUUUCUAUAUCAUGUUAAAAUCAGCCAAUUCGCCUCGACCCGCAUCUUGGGUUUUGGAAAAAUCUCUAGAUGGCUUCAAGUAUGAACCUUGGCAACACUUUGGUCGCUCUGAUGCCGAUUGCCGCCAACGUUAUGGAUUGCCAGGGCAGAAUGGAAAAUACAUUUUCCAAAAUGAUAGCGAAGUCAUUUGCACAACGCAAUUCUCGAAGCCUUUACCUCUGGAAAAUGGAGAAUUGCACGUCUCUCUACUCAAGAAUAGACCGGGUGUUAUAGAUCAAUCUGACGAACUGAUGAAGUUCAUAACUGCACGCUUUAUACGUAUACGUUUCCAAGGGAUGCAUUCAACUGCGAAUUUAGAUAACAGCGUUUAUUGGCAGCUGGACGCCCAAUCUUUAGAAAAAAGAAGUUUCUAUUCAUUGAGACAAGUACGCAUAAGUGGACGUUUAGAUUGUCAUGGUCAUGCGGAGAGAACGAUAGAGUUAGCUGAGAAGUAUGAAGGGCAAUUAGAAUUUAAUGGUCUCGAGUCCACACUGCAGUGCGUUUGCCAGCAUAACACGUGCGGUGCGGAUUGCUCGGAAUGUUGCCCUUUGUUUCAGGACAAGUCCUUUCGUAAUGGGAACACUCGUCAUGCCAACGAAUGUGAAAUAUGCCAAUGUAAUGGCCACGCCGAAUCGUGCAUCUAUGAUCAAUAUUUAGAGCAUGGCAUAUGUCAGGAUUGCUUUAAUCAUACAGCUGGGAAUGAGUGUGAAUUUUGCAUAAUGGGCUAUUUUCGGCCGAAAGGAGCUCCUCCAACAGAGCCUUGUCGACCAUGUGAAUGCAAUAUGAAAGGCUCAAGUGGCGACUGCCAUGCUGAUGGUGGUUGGUGCAUUUGCAAAGAGGGCUUCCAAGGUAUACAUUGCGAAGAGUGUGUUCCAGGUUAUUACGGUGAUGAUUGUCGCAAAUGCGGAUGUGACACACGAGGCACUGUACCAGACACUGAAUGCUCAGGCAUCUGCGUUUGCAAAUCAAACGUUAUUGGAGAAACAUGCAAUUCUUGCAGAGAAGGUUUUUACGAUCUGUCGUCUGACAAUCCCGAAGGUUGUUCUCUAUGCUGGUGUUCGCAUCUAGGUUCGGCUUGUGUCAGUGCCGAGCUUUCUACUUUGGCCUUUGAAACGCUGAACGAUUGGCGCAUUACCGAUAUAACUAGAUCUCAAAGUGUGCAGCCUACAUUGGAUACUCAAACAAACCUCCUGGUUUAUGGUAUGUAUGAGUUAUCCGAUGUGGAAGCAAUUUAUUGGCAAGCUCCCCAAGGCUAUCUAGGUAAUCGCCUAACGAGUUAUGGAUCCCGUUUAUCUAUACAAAUUCAAUGGGUAACGAUUAGAGGUGAUACAUCUGGUAAACCAACUUCUGGACCCGAUGUAAUAAUUUUCGGUAAAAAUGGUUUAAAAAUAGCUUUUGGUGACGGAGAAUUCACUAGAGGCUCUAAUGCGGUUAUUAAUAUAACGCUAGAAGAAAGCGGUUGGUAUCACAUUCCCAGCGACGUGAAAGAUAUAAAAACUCGUCUUAGACGUACCGAAUACCAUGGCGGUGAGGUAACGCGUUCGCAAUUUCUGUCGGUCCUAUCGAAUAUGGAAGCUUUACUCAUACGUGCAGCUUUUCAUACGGAUCAGGUAGAAACGGCUUUAGAACGUGUUAUUAUUUUUACGGGCGGUAUCGAACUGGGCGGUUUACCAUCUACACGUGUUGAACAGUGCGUAUGUCCGUCGGGCUAUACGGGUUUGUCGUGCGAAUCAUGCGAAUUCGGUUAUAUACGAACUUUUGAAAAUUCGAGCGAUCAUCAGUUGGUAACACGUUGCAAGCCCUGCCCUUGCAAUGGUCAUUCAAAUUCCUGUGAUCUGCAGAGUGGUGGUUGCGGCCAAUGCAUGCAUAACACCUAUGGAGAGAGGUGA